ACGCCCCUUUUUUCUUGAGACUUUGGCAUUUCUUUUUGCAGAUUAUUCUCUUUCCGGUACAUCAUGGCGCCCCCCACACCUCUCUUAGCAGUCCGGGGAUCUGACGGCACAGUGCUGCUCCGUGGACCACCAAACUGCGAGAAGAAUGCAGAUUUUCAAAGGGAUCCUCUGCAAAGUAAAUAUGUUGCUUUCAGCAAGGAUGGGACACUGUUUGCAUGGUGCAAUGGAGAGAAGGUCACUGUUGUGAAGGUUGCAGAUGGCUCACAAGUCAGGUCAUUUGAUCUUCCAAAGACUGCAAUGUUGGCGUUCUCUCCGCUGAACACUGUACUGGCUACAUGGCAGGUGUAUAGCAAGACACAAGAAAACCCACAGGGAGAUGCGAACUUGCAGCUGUGGGAUUUACAAACUGGGACCUGCCUCAAGGCUCUCUACCAUAAGAAGGUACAAGGAUGGUGUCCAAGCUGGUCAGAUGACGAGAAGAUUGCGGUCAGGAGUGUUAACAAUGAACUUCAUUUUUUUGAGAACAACGAUUUUAGCACCAUUGCCAAUAAGCUUCACUUGCAGAAGGUGUCCGAGUUUGUGCUGUCCCCAGGAAGUCAGCCUAGUAAGGUGGCUGUUUAUGUCCCUGGGAGCAAAGGUGCCCCCUCGUUUGUCCGGCUAUACCAGUACCCCAACUUUGGUGGCCCGACCUGUGCUCUGGCCAACAAGAGUUUCUUUAAGGCUGACAGGGUGACCAUGCUGUGGAACAAAAAAGCCACUGCGGUUCUGGUGCAGGCCAGUAUAGAGGUGGAUAAAACAGGGGCCUCAUACUACGGAGAACAGACUUUACACUACUUGGCCACCAAUGGGGAGACUUCUGCGGUGCAGCUACAGAAGAACGGGCCCAUCUACGAUGUGGCAUGGAGCCCAAGCUCCACAGAGUUCUGCGUGGUCUAUGGCUUCAUGCCCGCCAAGGCUACUGUCUACAACCUCAAGUGCGACCCUGUCUUUGACUUCGGCACGGGCCCCCGCAAUGCCGUCUACUACAGCCCCCAGGGCCACAUCCUGGUCUUGGCCGGCUUCGGGAACCUACGGGGCCAGAUGGAGGUGUGGGAUGUCAAGAAGUGGAAGCAGGUGUCCAAGCCCCAGGCGCCGGACUCCACCCACUUCGCCUGGUGCCCAGACGGUGAACACGUCGUCACGUCGACCUGCGCCCCCCGGCUGCGUGUCAGCAACGGCUACAAGAUCUGGCACUACACUGGCACGGUUCUGUACAAGCAGGACACACCGACGGGCACAGAGCUCUGGGAGACUGUGUGGCAGCCCUUCCCAGACGGGAUGUUCCCUGAGAGGCCGGUGAAGUACCAGGCAGCACCCAGCGAGCUGGGCAGCACAGAGUCCAAGCCAGCUCAGGCCUACCGCCCACCUGCCCUACGGAAUAAACCGGUCACAGCCAGCUCUAAACUACAUGAAGAGGAGCCUCCACAGAACAUGAGGCCUGGCGCCACCGGGGACAAGCAGCUGUCCAAGACUGCUCUGAAGAACCAGAAAAAACGAGAGGCAAAGAAAGCAGCCAAACAGGAGAUAAACCCAGAUGCCCUUGAGCCCCAGUCAGAUCCCUCUCCAGCCAGCAGUGCUCAGACUGAACUCUCCUGUGGAGACCCAGAGACUGACAAGAAGAUCAAGAACGUAAAGAAGAAACUGAAAGCUAUAGAUGAGCUGAAAGCGCUGCAAGCAACUGGGAAACCCAUUCAAAAGAACCAGCUUGAAAAGAUGGAAAAGGAGGCUCAACUCAUGAAAGAGCUUGAGGAUCUUCAACUAGUAGUAUAAAAUAAAAUAUUUAAUUUGUUCAUGAAAACACAACAUCCUUGCCAUAUGAUCAAGAGCACACCCAAAGCUAUGUAUAAUGGACACCCCCUCAAUCUACACACAACCGGUUUGACAUUUUUGUAAAUGUAUUUUUUUUUUAAACACACAUUUACAUAAGUAUUCAGACCCUUUACUCAGUUCUUUGUUGAAGCACUUUUGGCAGCGACUAC